AUGUCCUUUGGCUUCAACGCUGCGACAAACACCAUGAGCGGAGGCGCGGGGGAUGUGAAUGCAGGGCCCGAUCUGCCGACUAUCCAGACAGAGGCCCUCGGGUUCCUAUCCAUCGCUGGCGAUUCCAAAGUUCGCCUCACAUCCUCUUGGGAGACGCUCCCGACUGCUACGUCCUCGUUGCUCAGCGUUGCCUCGAAAAGAGGUCUCGUUGCUGCUGCUGGGCCUGAUCAGCUCAUCAUCGCCACGACCGAAUCGAUUCGAAAAGCUUUCGAGGCUCCCAAAGAUGGCGAUUCCGACGUUCGCGCCUUUGAGCCGCAGCUCAAAAUCCCCAUGCCCAUGCGGGUUUCGCAGCUAGUCUUUACUGCCGACGAAAAUUACUUGGUGCUCUCUGCAGAAUCUGGUGGCGGCCUUGCUGUUUACCAAGUCCAGAGUCUUUUGCAGGGGUCUUCGAAUUCCGCGUUUGAGCUAUCAACCAAUGGAGAGGCCCUCAGGUCACUGGCGCCAAAUCCUACGAUUCCAGAGCUAUGUGCCAUUGUCACAAACGGCGGUAACCUCCACAUGGCAAAUCUCCAAGACCGGAAAAUAAGCAAUGCGCUCAAGAGUCAGGUCAGCUGUAUCAGCUGGAGCUCAAAGGGCAAGCAGCUCUGUGCCGGAUUAGCAGAUGGAACCAUCCACCAAAUGACGCCUGAGGGAGAGGGCAAAGCUGAUAUCCCCAAGCCUCCCAAUGUGGACAACUGUCAUGUAUCAUCUCUCACAUGGCUUGAGAACAACCUUUUCCUUGCCAUCCACUCAACUAAUGACUCGCCCCCCUCUUCCAUAUAUCACAUCAUUACGCGCCAACUGCCCUCAUCAUUUACCUAUCAAAAAAUUACGGACCCUGUUCAGCCUUUCGGCUCAGAUAAGGUCCCUCACCACUCUAUACUACGACUGAGAGAUUUCCCCCCCGAUCUCCAGGACCUCCUUAUCGUCUCCUCUACUGCAUCGGCUGAUAUUGGUUUGCUCACUCGAUCUAAAAAUGCUCUGGCAACCGAUGAACCUGCAGAGUCCAUCACCAAUGUCUUCACUACCACCGAGUUACUUGAUGACUCUAAACGACCGACACUUCCGAUGGACGACUCGGGCACGGAGGAUUCUACGCCCAUUGGAAUCGCUCUUGAUCUCUCCAGCAAGGAUAAGAUUUACAAGCCCAUACCAUCGGACGAGGAGCUUGAAGAAUCGCCCACUCCAUUGCCAGGAUUCUGGAUUCUGACUCAUGGUGGUGUGCUCUGCUCAUGGUGGAUUAUCUAUACCGACUCAAUCAAGAAAGCCAUGCCCUAUCCUGGAUUGACGGCAGUCCAAGGGGAUGCGGGAUCUGUGCCAGCAACUGGCGCAUCUUCGGCAUCACCCUUUUCCAACGCGGGCCCGUCACCCUUUUCCUCAUCCAGCGCAGCUGCUCCGACUUUUGGGUCUUCAGCGCAGCUUGGCCAGAAGACGUCUCCCUGGGGUACGGCAGCGAGCUCAGGUGCUUCUGCUGCGCCAAGUACAGGAGGGGCCUUUGGAUCGAGUACUUUUGGGUCAGCAGCACCAGCCGCUGCGUUUGGCAAGCCGAGUACAAUAGGAUUCGGGCAAUCCUCGCAACUGGGUAUGCGAGCCUCUCCUUGGGCAUCUGGUGGUGCGGGAGCAGGGGCAGGAUCAGGAUCCGGUCCAGCAUUUGGCCAAUCAGGCUUUGCUAGUUUCGCAAACAAGAACCCUCAGAGCCCGUUUGGGAGCACACCUGCAAGCACAGCUCAGGCCUCCACACCUGGUCCUUCUGGAGGAUUCGCCGGAUUUUCUUCUCAGGGUGGUUUUGCUUCUCUUGCUGGCAACAAUAGCAGCAGUACCGGGGGCAGCGUCUUUGGUAGUGGCGGCGCUCUUGCUGGAACUGGGAGUGCUUUUGGAUCCACCUCAACAGACACAGCCUUUCCGCCAAAGCCUUCAGGGAGUGUCUUUGGUACUGCUCAAGAGAAGCCAUCUGGCAGUGCUUUUGGCUCUACUCCAUUCAAACUAGAAAGUUCAUUCAAGCCCGAUCCGUUUCAAGGAGGCAACGACAAGGCACCGGCAACCUCUGGUUCGUCAAUGUUUGGACCUGCUUUUGGAUCUGCUCUCAACGACGCUGAAGCUAAGGCUCCUGACUCCACGGUAUCAGCCAAAGAUGAAGAUAUGGAUACCGGCGAUGCAUCUCCACAAACUGAAACUGAAUCUGCAACUCCGUUAGCAACACAGGGAGCAUCAAGCUUUGGUACUACAGCUUCAACAACCCCUGCUGCCUCAACCACUGCUACAACUUCGCUCUUCGGUAACAAGGCAGCAACUCCUCAAACUACUGGUACCGGAUUAUUUGGAUCAGGAGGGGCCUCUACUAAGCCUGCAGGUGGCUCUGGUUUGUUCGGGUCUGCGUCAUUUGGAAAUGCUACAAAACCAGCCACAUCUUCUGGUCUUUUUGGCUCUGGCCCUAAACCAGCCGAAGACGAGUCUAAGACGCCCACAGCUAAAAGCGUCAAUCCCUUUGCCACGCCUCUUCCUCCAGAUGCGACUAGCAAGUCGUCGGAUACGGCUCUGAAGAGUACUAAGGUGGCAGACGAAUCAAAAUCAUCCAGCUUUAUCAAAGUGUCCAAACCUUCUGAUGAGACGCCAACGGUUGUUGAAGAUGCUCCUCUGCCUCCCGAUCCAGUCAAGUCAAAUUUCUUUUCCAAAGCCAACAACGUUACUUCUCCGUCCGCCUUUAGACUUCCUACGUCUACGCCCAAGGCUCGGCCGAGCGUAACGUCUGCUCCGGCACUAGCAUCUGAGGGAGAGACGGAGAGUGAUUUGGACGAUAAUGCUUCCGAGGGCAGCGGCGUGGAUGUGGCCAAAGACUUUAGUCCCACGGCCAUCGGACUGGAGACGCCACAACACUCAUUUGGCGGUCCUGUAGAAACCCCUAAAGCUGACGAUCGCCGAUCACGACCGCUUUUUGGAGAGCUUGGCGGAAGCGCGCCAGUGAUUCCUCAAAUUUCUCAGCCAGGCGCGUCGAGCUCUCGAUCGCCCAGCCCCAUGCGAAGCGGAGGACGGAACCGCGCUCUCGCACCGGAUGUCACUAGGUCCGUCAGUGCACCAGGCACUGCUGCUCAGCUCUCGGGUCCAAAGAAGUCGCAGCUCGUUGCAUCAGCUACCGCAGGCAAAGACAAAACUGCCGCUGACGAUACAUUUGUAGCACAGUCUAGAAAACUGAGAGAGCGACAGCAAGCUGAAGAGGCCCAGCUGUUGAUUGAUGAAGAGGAUGAGGAGGUGCAAAGAGUGCUUGUCUCUGAAAUUGAGGGUACUCUGGACCUGGAUGAGUUCAUUGCCCACUCCAACAUCGCGCCGCCAGCCAAGGAAAGCAUUCCUGCUCAAGUUGAAGCUGUUUAUAGGGACAUCAACUCAAUGAUUGACACACUUGGACUCAACGCUCGCUCUGUAAGGGCCUUUACAAAAGGCCAUACAGACAACCGUAUUCCAGAUGGUCGGAGUCCUGAUGAUCUGGAGGAUCCGGAUGAUUGGGUUCUGUGCGAGAUUGGCGACUUGGGGGAAAUUCUCGAAGUUGAACUUCUUGGUGAUCUAGAGGAAGGCCGGGUGCAGGAUCUAACCGAUAAGCUCGAGGCCUGCCAGGAUCUAGCCAGGGACAUGCAUCGACUGCGAGCCAAGCAGGAGGAUCUGAAAAAGGUCAUCAUGACCAAGGUGGAUCCUAACCAGGCAGACGCUGCGCGGUCACUCCCUCUCAGUGCUGAACAGCAAACGCAGCAGAAUGAGCUGAGGAGGGAGUAUACAAACUUCUCGAAGCUUCUUGCAGAAGCAGAAGAAGCACUGACUCUUCUCAAGACUCGCAUUGCAUCGCUUUCUAGUGCGUCCGGAAGGGGAACCACAAACGUUCCCACCGUGGAGGCUGUGAUGAAGACGAUUACCAAAAUGACCAGCAUGGUGGAGAAGCGCAGCGGAGACAUUGAUGUGUUGGAAACGCAGUUGCGGAGGAUGCGGCUGGAGACUCCUAGCAGAGAGGAGUCCCCUUUCCGGACACCGCAGGCAAGGAGGAGCCUCUUGAUCUCCCCAGACGCGACACCAGCUCGUAGCAUGCGCCAGAGCUUAUCUAGCAGCGUCAUGUCUCUUACAACCCCGACAAAGACAGCCACACCGCGAAAGAAGGUCAGUGGCUACAGCAGGGAGGAAAAGGGAGAUUUAAUGGAUAAGAGGGCCAAGCGACAGGCGAUACUUGGCAGACUGAAGGAUAACGUACAGAAGAAGGGCGUUAGUGUGUGGAACAUGGAAGAUAUCGAGUAA